AUGAAUGGAGUUCCGGAACUUGAUCAUACAGUGAGGAGGAUGCUAGGAGAUCUUAUUCUCCACAUGUUUAGCAAAGAGGCUUUAGUGGAGUACCUGCAGACUAAUGAGAAUACCCUCACUAUGGAUGUUUCAAGACUGCUUGCACGAUUGCAGGAUUACCGUGACGCGUGGAUAGUUAACCCAAGAGCAACGCGCGAAGUAAGAUCAACGUUAGCACAACUUUCUUCCUACUGUGUUCUGGUACAAGGAAAGGUUGAGGAAUACUUAGUUCUAGACAGCCACCACGAAUGUCUGAACGAAUUGAAGUCUGAUUUGGAAGAAAGCGUGUUGUUGCUGCAGCAGAUUACAACGCAAUGA